GCUUGAUGUUAGCAGGAUUGGACGACGCCUCUUGACGGUUAGGAAACCGGGGGAACUGGGUGCACACACAACAGUCAUAACACGGUGAUAAGACGAUUUGUGUUAUAGCUGGACCGAACAGGAUGGUGGUAAAGAGAUCGAAGUGUCAAUGGCUAAUACAGAAACGAGACUGUGGCAUACGCUUGUAAACGUACGCCACAGGACACACUUGAGCCUGCAAAGCAAGGACGAGAGCACGAGGAGUAAGAAAAGAAGACGACGACCAGAAGAAAAAAGGUCAAGUCCUUUAUAAUCCUGCGAGAGAGAACUUCGAAGGCUGGGGAAACUGCAAAAUCAAUUCCCUGAUCGAGAUGCAGGAGCUGCGUUUGUGCAACAAGGGCUGGGGCUGGCUUAAGCGAUGACUGUUUGUGGGUCAAAGAGGACUGGAAUUCACGGCUGCAUGAGUAUGUACAGGUUCACUGGGUUUCAAGGACAAGAGAGACACGGGCUACGUAAGAUUUGACUCAAAUUGAGCCAGGUUCGCCUGCAAAGGAAAGGGCAAGUUCCAUUCAGACGGCUGGCGAAGAGCAAUGUCAACUAGGAUUUUCCGCAUUAGUCCCCUUAUUCGGUGUCCAACAUGCGGGUUUAACCAAGAAUGUCAAGAUAUUAUCCUUCUAAAGUCACUGGUCCCAGUUCCUUGCUGCGGUGUUGAGCUCAGUGUUGUGCUGGUCCGUGCGUCUGCUCUUGUGCGGGGCGGGAGUGAAGUCAGGCAAACAAAACCUCCUGCACUGCCCUCGGAGACGGGUAGGCACGGUGCCGAUGGGAAGCAUUCGAGUCAUUUCUCUCCCUCUCCCUCUCGAGAGGGGAAAAGGGAAUCGCUGCUCAUGGCGUCAUGAGCUGGUCCCAGUCUGAUUCUUCCGCUGCUGUUCUUCAUAUUGAGCAGUGUAGUAACCGGCAUAUCAGCAAGUUCCUCGCAAACGAACAAAGUCCAGCCUACCUUGCGGGAAAACGGGAUGCGGCAUCCCACCCGCUUGAGCAGCCCAGGCCGCCGUACUUCCGUCUUUCCUUGGUUGAUCAAGUCGUUGCGUAGACCCGCUUGUCGUUGCCGCCUGCACCAAGUUAGACUCAGUAUUCAAUUUGAGAAGCGUCCAGGAGGGCAUGGCUGCAUACCUCUGGUACUUGCGCAGCCGUCGCCGGUUCCGCGUCAGCCAUGUCGUCGUCGUUCUCGACAUCGACUCGCGUCCACGACCCGGCGCCUCCAAUCGCGGCCGCAGCCUCAGCUUCAGCUUGAUCCGCAGCUUCCGCUUCUCUCAGGACAUCCUCGACGUUUUCGCCCUUGGCGUGGAUGCUAUGGUAGAGCUGGACAUCACGGUCAGCGAAAGUCAAGUCACGUGCCAGGAGUACAGAGCCAGCUGCCUUACCCUGUAUUCCUCAACGGCCUCAUCCCAGCUCUGAACGAGAGCGGAGUCGUCCCAGAUUUCUUCCUGUGUCAGUGGCUGGCCGGCGCCUUUAUUCUUUCCCAUGGCAUCCGCAGAUAUCGAUUUCGUAGACUUUUUAUGGUAGAGCUGGUGUUAUGGUUUGACCACGCGCCGACGGCCGAAGGACGGAAGGCGGGAGAUUGCUCACCGCUUGACGAUUCUGCGGACCAAAAAUAAUUUUCAACAAAAAAAGUUCCCGCGUCUCGAGAUUCAUUCAUCCCAUCUGCAAAUUCAAAAUGGCCCCGGAUAAGAAGGAUAAGAAGCGCAAGGCCGCUGCCGCCGCCGCGACCGUCGACUCGCCCGCGAAGAAAACCAAAAAGGUCGAAGCCAAAGCCGCCGCCGCUGAGCCCCCGAAGGAAACGACCAAGCCCAUUCUGAAGAAGAACAAGGUCAAUGGCGCCGCCGCUGAAGCCAAGCCGGCCUCAAAAACCAAGGCCAACAGCGAUGCUCCUCGAUCGAUCAAACCCCGCAAGCGCGCUGCUGAUUUCUUGAGCGACGACGAGAGCGAAGCUGAGGUUGAGGUUUCCAAGAAGAAGGCUGAGAAGGAGACCAAGAGCAAGCCCACCACCAAGAAAUCUAAGCAGGAAGAUGGGACCGCUGCGCCGGUUAAGGAGAAGGCUGCCAAGAAGGCGAAGAAGCUUGAGAUCGUGCCUAGUGAUUCCGAGGAUGAGGGCGUCUCAUUGAACGCUGCGGAGAGCGAGGAUGAGGAGGAUGACCAGACUACUGCCCUCAUCCGGGGCUUCGAGAGCAGCGGUGACGAAGACGAGUCGGCGGAUGAGGCCAUCGAUCCCGAUGCUCCGGUCCCUAAGAUCCCCGACUCGAAGAAGGCCAAGCGGAAGAUUCUCAAGCUGCAAAAGCAAAACAAGUCAGAGGCGCCGGGACAGCCAGGUGCUGUCUACGUUGGCCGCAUCCCCCACGGUUUCUACGAACACCAAAUGCGCUCAUACUUUGCUCAAUUCGGCGAGAUCACACGCCUCCGUCUCUCCCGCAACCGCCUCACUGGUCGCUCAAAGCACUACGCUUUCAUUGAGUUCGCCUCGGAGUCCGUCGCCAAGAUCGUCGCCGCAACCAUGGACAACUACCUGAUGUACGGACACAUCCUCAAGGUGAAAUUCAUCCCAUCGGAGCAACUGCACCCGGAGCUGUGGAAGGGCGCAAACCGCCGCUUUAAGCGCACGCCGUGGAACAAGAUUGAGCAGAAGCGUCUAAAUAAGGGCAAGAGCCGCGAGAACUGGACGAAGAGCAUUGAGCAGGAGCAGAAGAGGAGACUUGCCAAGGCGGAGAAGCUCAAGGAGCUCGGGUAUGAGUUUGAGUUGCCGCAGUUGAAGAGUGUGGAUGAGGUUCCCGUGCAGGAGAAGGUUAUUGAGGGUGAAGAGAAGAAGGCUGUUGAGGGUGGAGAGGAGACGAAGGCUAUUGAGGAGCCUGCUGCUGCUCCUGUGGAAGCUGAGAGGGCCGAGGAUACCCCGAAGAAGGCGAAGAAGGCCAAGAAGGAGAAGAAGACAGCAGAGGCUGCUGUCGAGUCGCCAAAGGUGGAGAAGGCCGUCGCCUCGCCUGCGAGCAAGACGAAGAAGAAGUCCAAGAAGGCCGGCAAGGCAUAGUGUGUUUAUUGUUUGUAUGUAUGGCAAAAUUCCAGGGUCAAUUCAUCGGAGUUCGGAUUUCACAAAUUCCAGAUACAUGAAUCAAGCUCUCGCAAGGUGUAGAUAUGGGUAUACGAGCGCUCUGUUAUUCAUUGCUUGGCCUUGAUACUCGAACUCCUUUCUUGAAACAACUCUUAGC